UCCUCUCGCCCCCCCCCCCCCCAGCCCCCAGCCCCCUCCCAAGCCUUUGUUAGCCAUGCCUAGCCUGGUAGUCCCAGGGAUAAUGGAAAGGAACGGGGGUUUCGGCGAUUUAGGCUGUUUCGGUGGGAGCGGCAAAGACAGAGCGCUGCUUGAGGAUGACCGGGCGCUGCAGCUCGCCCUGGACCAGCUCUGCCUGCUGGGGCUAGGCGAGCCUUCCUCCUCCUCCUCCUCCUCGGCCGUGGUGCUGGUGGAGGACAGCAACAACAACAACAAUAACCCGCCGCCGCCGCCGCCGCAGCAGCCCCCGCCGCCGCCGCCGCCGCCGCAGCAGCCGCCGCCGCCGCCGCCGCCGCCGCCCCCGGCGGCCCCGAAGGGCUCGGCGGCGCCCAGCGCCGGGGCGGCGGAGCCCAAGUUGUGCGCGCUCUACAAGGAGGCCGAGCUGCGGCUCAAGAGCAGCUCCAACACCACCGAGUGCGUCCCGGUGCCCAGCUCCGAGCACGUGGCCGAGAUCGUGGGACGGCAAGGCUGCAAGAUCAAAGCCCUGCGGGCAAAGACCAACACCUACAUCAAGACCCCGGUGCGGGGGGAGGAGCCGGUCUUCAUGGUGACGGGGCGGCGGGAGGACGUGGCCAUGGCCCGGCGGGAGAUCAUCUCGGCGGCCGAGCACUUCUCCAUGAUCAGGGCCUCCCGCAACAAGGCGGGCACCACCUUCGGCAGCGCGCCCACCCUGCCGGGGCAGGUCACCAUCCGCGUGCGCGUGCCCUACCGCGUGGUGGGGCUGGUGGUGGGCCCCAAGGGAGCCACCAUCAAGCGGAUCCAGCAGCAGACCAACACCUACAUCAUCACGCCCAGCCGAGACCGGGACCCCGUCUUCGAGAUCACCGGCGCGCCGGGCAACGUGGAGCGCGCUCGGGAGGAGAUCGAGACGCACAUCGCGGUGAGGACGGGCAAGAUUCUGGAGUACAACAACGAGAACGACUUCCUCUCCAGCAGCCCCGACUCCGGCAUGGAGAACCGCUACUCAGAGGCUUGGCGGGUCCACACGCCAGCGCCGGGCUGCAAGCCCCUCUCUACCUUCCGCCAGAACAGCCUGGGCUGCAUCGGCGACUGCUCUGUUGACCCCGUCUACGAGACCCCCCGGCUGAACGACCAAAACGACUUCAAUUACGGUUACCUCUUCCCCAACUACGGCGUGAACAAGCAGGAUUUGUACUACGGGGUGCCGGAGUCAGGGGCCCCGAUGUGGGCUGGGCAGGAGAACACCAACCCCGUCUCGGUGCUCUUCUCAAAGCAGCAGCGCUCCAGCAGCACCGGCACCAUCCACCCCAACUCCCACCGCUCGCCGUCCUCCUCCAUGCCGGAGCCCGGCCUCUCCGGGCUGCCGCGGCGGUCGCAGGGGGAGCCGCUGCAGGGCUUCUCCAAGCUGGGGACACCCGCCGCUGCCCGGACGGCCGUGGCCAGCAGCCGCGAGUGCAUGGUGUGCUUCGAGAGCGAGGUGACGGCCGCGCUGGUGCCCUGCGGCCACAACCUCUUCUGCAUGGAGUGUGCCGUGAGGAUCUGCGAGAGGACUGAUCCCGAGUGCCCCGUCUGCCACGCGGCAGCCACUCAGGCCAUUAGAAUAUUUUCCUAAAGAGACAGAGCAGGGCGUUGGGGGGGUGGGGGUAGGAAGGGAGAGUGGGGGGGUCCGUGAGAGAAAAAUGAUGAUGAUGAUAAUAAUAAUAAUAAUGAUAAUAAUAAUAAUAAUAAUAAUGACAUCUGAAGAACAAAAAAAUGAAUGAAAGAAUAAAUUAAUUUAAAGAAGAAGAAGAAGAAGAAAAAGAAGAAAAGAAAUUAUUUUACAAGCAAUGUAUGUUAUUUUUUAAAAAAAAUAAGUGAAUAAUAAAAUUAAAGUGAAUAGCAAAGCCAGAAAUUUUGAAGGGCGAACAAUGCUCCAGCCUGCAAUGUCUUUUGUAAACCAAGUACUCAGAACGCACACUCGGAUCUCGCAAGCAAAGCAGUUUAGUUCAGUUUUUUUUGGUGGUGAGAUUGGGACUUCUUGGUGAUGACCAAGCCAGGCCACCUGGAUCGACUGGGGAGGGAGCAGGGAUGCAGGGAGGGCCCUGCCAGCCUUUCUCCAGCCACCUUCAACCUUUGUCUUGGCCUGAAGCCCCCACUCUCCUCCCCCCAGGGUUGUCGGCCCAACUGGGAGCUCAGAAAGAAACAACAGAAAGAAAGGAAAACGGAUGACAGGGAUUUAGAAGAACAAGAAAGAAACCAUCAACCUCUGGGAACCUGUUAGAACGAGGGCACAACUGUAUUACCUCAAAGAUUUAAACAAAAAAAAAAAUCACAGCUAAAGAACUUUUAUUGUUUUCCUUUUUUUCUAAAAAAAACCCAAACAAAAAACACAAAAAAAAGAAAAUCAAAAAAAGAAGGUGAAGAAAUAAAAACGACGCCAGUGAAACUGAAGAAGGUUUGGAAGAACCUAUUGGGAUCACACCAGGCGACGAGCAUUUAUUUUGUUAUUCUGAGCCACCGUGGAGUCUGGAACUUUGUUCUUUUUUCCUUAUCCAAGCAGGGAUUUGUUCAUCAGUCCAAUCAGGAGUCACUAACAGGGUAUUUCCAAAGCAUUCCCGAGUUCCCGUCCGUGGCGGGAGUGCAUCGACUUCCACGUUUCCGUAGGUCACUCUUCAUUCUUUCCUCCAAGUGAUGCCAGCUGCAGCUACACACACUACACACACACAGAACAUUGUGCUUUUCUUUUCUUAAAAAACAUACCUAUUGCACCAAAACCUAAGAGAGACGAUCUUGCAAUACAGGCAAUGAGCCCAUAUGAAACCAACAUGCAUCCCAACAGAGAGCAAAAAAAACCCCGAGUUUAUAGAGAUAAUUUUGUUGUCGUCGUUUUUAAACUGGACCAAAACUUUUGUUACCCAAACCAAGUAGGGGAAAAAAAAAAACAAAAAAGAAGAAAAAGUAUUUCUUUAUGGACCAAAACCUCUUCAGCUGUCCUUUUCCUGGAUCUUCCUGAGGUUGGCCACUUUUAUAUAUUAUAUUUUUUUCAGAACGAAACAAAACAGAAAAAAAUUUGCCUUGUUGAACAUCCUUUAAUCAUUUCAAGACUCCUGGUUUUGUUAAAUGAAAUACUUUAAAACCAUUGGGAAGUGGGAAAGGAUGGGCUUCAGAUCUGGCUCCCGUGCCAACGCAUGCAAGGUGCAGGCCAGCACCUUGGCUCCAUCAGGUUUGUUCAGCUGGUCUGUGGAUGCCAAAAUGCUGUGAUGUUAAAAAUGUGUUGGAUUGACCUAUUGAGUACCAGUACACCCAGCUAUAAAUAUAUGUGUGUAUAUAUAUAUAUAUAGGCACUUAAUUAAUCAAGCACCUAUAUAUAUAUAUAUGUGUGUAUAUAAACCCAUAUAUAUAAUUUUUCUCCCACUACCACCACUUCCCCAUUUCCUACCCCUCAACUUCUGCUCACAGAUCCUGGACCCUGAUUUAGAACUGAACCAACAAGUUUCACAACUUGGCACAGACAGUUCUAACAUCAAAAGAAAACAAAAAACAAGCAAAAAAAAAAUCGCCUGAGAUUUUUUAUUCCCUUCAGUUACAGGAGACUUUAUUUUCAUCGUGAUAAUGUUCCUGGGAACAUCCUCCCUCCUGCUUGGUUUGCUGCCUGUGCCCUGGCACGGUGGGCUCAGGCCAGUUGUGGCUGCAGCCACUGAAGGGGCUGAGCUCACUGUGCUGGGGCAGGCGGUGCUGGUGCUCUCUGCUGAUAAAGAUCCACUUUUGAUCUUCAGAUACCAGUUGGAGGGUUUGAAAUGAUGGCGGGAUGAUGGGAUGCCUCCACUGUUUUGCAUCAACAGUUAUAUAUUCUAAAGGGGCAGAUCGGAGGGGUGGACAAUGUUCCCAGGCUGUGGUAGAUGCUGAUGUUUUGGAAAAAGUAAAGACAAAAGUAACAAUGCUAACGGGACACCGUCAGGCAGGAUUGGUACUCCCCUCCUCCCCAAAGCUCUGAGGAGCCCCUGGGCGUUCACACAGGGUGCGAGCACUUCCUGGGGGAAGUUUUGCACCCUCUGCUGUGGAGCCUGGGGGGUGAUGGAGGGCUGGGGUGCUCUGGAUGAACCCCCAGAGCCCCCACGUCCCGAAUUGUCCUGUGGCACAGCGUGGCCUCAGCAAAGGCUUCAGAGCCCGGCCAGCACUGGCCACAUCCUUCCUACAACUGACCCAUUCUCAUCCAAAAUCUGGCCUCAGUUUGGUCCCGGUGAAGGGGAGGGGAGGGCAGGGAGAGGGGACAUGGCUGUUUCUGGGAACCUCUCCCCUCCCCAGUGCCACCUUCCCCAUCAGGUGCUGCCCUCCCCACCCCAGGGUUGUAUUUUAUCCGUUCAUUGCGCAAAAUUCUCCCGCUGACGUAGAGAGAGUGGUUGAAGCAGGAGCUGGGGGGCGGGGGGUGGGGGUCGGGGGUGGGCAGGGGGACCAGCCACCCCUCCGAGGGGCGCUCAGAAAUGUUGGUGUUGGUGCUGGAGGGGCUGAGCUGGAGGCGGCGGUGACCGCGCUGUGUUAGUGAGUGAUAGUCGUUCUUGGCUGAGUGGAGUCUGUUCGUGGUAAUGUGAGCAAGUUCUUGAUCAAUGUCUUUAUUUGAUGCCAGGUUGUGAAGAGGUGGGUGGGAGUGGGGAGGGGGGAAGGAGACCCCUGUGUUGGGGACCUGGGGUGGGGGGACCUGUUCUAGCACUGACUGUAGGGGGUGGGGAAUGGGGAAGGUACGUGGGGCUCACCUCUGCUCCUUGUACCUCCUCCCUCACCUUAACAAGCGAAAACGAUGUAAAAGCCUCCUGCAUGCUGAAAAAAUGUUAGAGAAAAAAACAAAACCCCUUUCUUAAAAAAAAAAAAAAAAAAAAAAGAAGGGAAAAAAAAAAUAAUAAUCAUGACCCAAACAAACGUCCAAUGCUUGCUGUUGGGAACCGGAGUGGGGCUGUCCUGGGUGGGCUGCCCCUCUCUGCAGUUGAGGCUCCUACUCAAGUGUCCAAGUUGGCCUUUAAUAAAAUCUUCAGUUCCAAUAACCUUUAUAUAUAUAUAUAUAUAUAUACACAUAUAUAUAUACAUAUACAUAUAUAUUAAAAAAAAGCUUGAUGUAGCAGUUCUAGUUUAAAAUGAAUAGAAGUAUUUCGGCCCCUGUUUUAUUUUGAUUUUUCCCUGUCCCCUGCUUCCCGCUGUACCCCCCACCGACUCCAUAUUUUGAUGUAGCAACUUUGGAAGAAAGAAAAAACAGGCGCUGUAAAUGCACCGAGAGCUACCUCUGCCUCGAGUGGGGGCUGCAGGGAACUCGGGGGGCUCGGGCCUCUCCCUGGCCCCAUGGGGCACCCAGAGAGGGGCAGCCCGGGCCCUGCCUGUUGGCAUCCAUGGGGAGCCCGGUUGCGGGGCUUAAACAACAAAUUUGCGUAAUUUUUUUUCCUCUUUUUAAAUAUAUGUAUAUAUAUAAAAAUCUUUAAAAAAAAAUAAUAAAAACAAAAAACAAGAAAAAUGCCCAUGACCUUAACUAUUUGCUCUGACUUGUAUCUUCCUUGAUAGGUGACUAAAAAUGGCUUGUUGGUCUAAUUCACCAGCAAUAAUGAUAAC